AUGAACCUGGCAAACAAGACGUAUUCUGGGGACCUGUCGAGCUACGGGCUUGACCCACUGUUCUGGGCACCGGCCAAGGUUCCCAACACCGUGUUCUUCAUUGGCAGCCAGCACCCGCUGCGGAUUGUCGAGCUGGUUCGGGAUCAUAUUGAUGACGGCACUGGCGUGAUUGCUUGCGUCUGGUUUACGUCACAUGAAGAGCAGGAGGAGCCCGAGCUGCGGCAAACGCACAAGCUCGGCACGUCUGUGCGCGUGCACGGACGGCUGAGCGAAUUCAGGGGCGAGCGGCAAGUGGUCAUAAACACACUGGACGUGGUUGGCCCAAACGAGGAGACGCUAGGCUGGCUCGAGCGCCUGAGCUUGCGCAGCUAUCUGAAAAAGUCGUCAUUCAAAUAA